AUGGAGGUGUCGGACUUAAAUGAUUUAUUAAAUGAACGGACUAUUAAAAUGGAAACAAAUGGAAAUACUUUCGUCGAUGAUGAAACUGUCGAGGACGGCGAUACCUUAUCUAUAAUUCCUCAAUAUGUUACAGAAUCUGAUUUAGGUCUAAUGCAGGCAAGCGGGGAGAUUUUGGGACCACCUUUGGCUGUGUUUUCAAAUGCUCCAGAUGAAGAAGAUACUCUUCAAAACACUGAUUCUCAUGAUGAAAUAAUUCAAAUAAUGGAUAUAAGAACAAGGUUAUCACAACUGAAGGUAAUGCUGGAAAAACGGCUGAAUACCAGCUUGUCCGAUUACACUUUCUGGCUGCAAGAUGCUAAAAUGCUGGAAUGCCACAAAACUCUAGUCGAGCAAUGCAUCCGUGGGUCGGGCGUGGUGCAAGUGAACAUCCAGAUUCGCCCUGCGCAGCGCAAGAUCAACAUUGUGGACGUGCUCAAGCCGGACGACGAGGUGCUGCCAUUGGCUUCGCCGAACGACGACUUGGACGUAGAACCGAUCCAGGUGGUCGAGACGGCGUUAGACGAAGCGGAGACAGAAGAGAAGGAAUGCGAGACGGUAACUGAAGGUGAUGCCGAAGUGGCCAUGGAGGGCGAAGGGGAAGAGGGCGGCGCGGUGGCCGUCAAAUGGUUGGUGGACGACCACUUUCGUUCGGAGCACGCCAAGGCUCGGAUACCGGAAGACCCCCAGGACUGGUCUGUGCAGCACGUAAAGCUGUGGAUUCAGUGGGCGGUGAGGCAGUUCAACUUGGCCGGGGUGAAGCUGUCUGCCUGGAACAUUAGCGGACGGGACCUGUGCUCCAUGACGCACCAGGAGUUCAAAGAGAAAGUUCCAUCAGACCCCGGCGACCUGUUCUGGACGCAUCUCGAACUGUUGCGGAAAUGUAAAUUUAUCGCCAUAGUGCAAAACCCACCCGAAGAAACUCGAGCCAAGGACACGUUGGAUAUGCCACAGUGCGCCAUCAAGAGAAAACCAAAUAAGGUGGUGAUCUGCCCCGCGAAGAGCGAGGAGUGGAGAGGGCACGUCCUCCCCCGCACGGGCAACAACGGACAGAUCCAGCUCUGGCAGUUCCUGCUCGAGCUGCUCACGAGCGCCGAGUACUACGACGUCAUACGGUGGGAUGGCGCGGAGGGCGAGUUCAAGCUGCUGGAGCCGGAGCGCGUGGCGGUGCUGUGGGGGGUGAGGAAGCUCAAGCCCGCCAUGAACUACGAGAAGCUCUCGCGGGCGCUGAGGUACUACUACGACGGAGACAUGAUCGCCAAGGUGCCCAACAAGAGGUUCGUCUACAAGUUCGUGUGCGAUCUGCGACAGCUGUUGGGCUACGACGCGGCGGAAUUGGCUGAACUCGUGAAGGAGUUGCACGACACGAUGGCCUUUGACCAUCUCAUUUUCACGCGUACAGUAGUGCAACCAUUUUCUUAUUAUUUUCUUGGACACAAAAUGGUGGUGAUCGGCGAAACGAAGAUGCAGGAGGGCGGAGACAUCACGUACAAGGACAUGGUGGACGAAACGGACUUGGGAGACUCGCAGAUUCAGAAGAUGUUCGCCGGCGCCACUGUGCUCCUCACCGGCGGCACCGGCUUCUUGGGGAAGCUGCUCAUCGACAAGCUUCUCAGAUCGUGUCCUGACAUAAAGAGGCUGUACCUUCUCGCGAGGGCAAAGAAGAACAAAGACCCUGUCAAACGGCUACAAGAACAAUUUGAUGACGUGUUAUAUGACAAGCUUCGUAAAGAGCAGCCGGACUUUGUUAGAAAGGUUCAAGUGAUAGUAGGGGAAAUUGGCCUCCCCAACAUUGGGAUUUCCGAAGAAGACCGCCAGAGACUCAGCAAUGAAGUAGAUUUUAUAUUCCACGGCGCUGCGACAGUCCGCUUCGACGAAUCGCUCAAAUAUGCCGUCUCCAUCAACGUGAGAGGUUCCAAGGAGAUGCUGAUGCUGGCCAGGUCCUGCCCCAAAUUAAGAGCUUACGUUCACAUAUCCACAGCCUACAGUCACUGUACUCAAGUGGAUAUAGACGAAAAGUUCUACAAGAGCCUAUUGGACGGUGACAAACUGAUAGAUUUGGUCGAAAAUAUGGACGAGGAUAUUAUCAAGGACAUUACCCCGGGAUUGCUGGGAAAGUUUCCCAACACCUACGCUUACACGAAGGCGGCGGCGGAAGACGUUGUCCUCAAACAUUCGAAAGGGUUGCCCGUCGCUUUGUUCAGGCCUUCUAUAGUCAUCGCCACAGCGAAAGAGCCAAUAGUCGGAUGGAUCGACAAUGUCUACGGUCCUACUGGGGUGGUGGUGGGAGCAGCCGUGGGUCUUUUACGUGUGCUCAAGUGCGACCGCAACGCAGUAGCAGAUCUGGUCCCAGGUGACAUGGUGGUGAACGCCUGCAUCGCGACCGCCUGGAAGACCGCUCGGGACUAUCCAGGUAACCACGAAGCGGCUCCUCCUCUGGACCAGACGCCCAUCGUCUACAAUUACGUCUCGUCAGAGGAAAAUCCGUUGACGUGGGACAGAUUCGUGCAACUCAAUGUGAACCACGGGUUCGAAGUGCCCACGACCCAAGCGGUGUGGCACUACGUGUUUUUCUUCACGACAAUACAAUGGCUCUACAGACUGAGCUGUUUCGUUCUUCACUGGAUUCCUGCUUACAUCGCCGACGCUGUCGCCGUGUUAAUCGGAAGGAAGCCAGUGUUAAAAGUGGCGUACAAGAAAAUCGAAAAGUUCUCAACGGUGAUUGGAUAUUUCGCGUGUCGGUCUUGGAAUUUCUCCAAUAGAAACGUGCAGAACCUCUUCAAGGAGCUUUGCGACGCCGACAAGGAAAUCUUCGACUUCAACGUGGGCGGAUUAGACUGGGACAUGUACUUCUUCAACCACAUCAGAGGGAUCCGGUUGUACCUCCUCAAGGACCCGAUGGAAACGGUCCCUCAAGGCUUGAGAUUGUACUACAGACUGAAAGCCCUCCAUUACUUCGUCUUGUCCGUCAUCUGCUUCGUCGUUUUUAGGCUUCUGUGGUGGUUAUUAGGCAUGUAA